CGAGGCCUCGGCCCCGCCUGGUCGCAGAGGCUGGCGCUGCGCGGGCUUGGGCAGCAGAUGUGAUGGCACAAAGAAGAAAAGAGAAAUAUAAACUUCCGGUUCCACUCCCAGAAGGCAAAGUUCUGGAUGAUAUAGAUGGAAACCAGUGGGCACUGGGCAAGAUGAUUGGUUCUGGAGGGUUUGGACUGAUAUACUUAGCUUUCUCCACAAAUAAACCAAACAAAGAUGCAAGACAUGUAAUAAAAGUGGAAUAUCAAGAGAAUGGCCCAUUAUUUUCAGAACUUAAAUUUUAUCAGAGAGCUGCAAAAAGAGAAUAUAUUAAAAAGUGGAUAGAACAGAGAAAACUUGAUUACUUAGGAGUUCCUCUAUUUUAUGGAUUUGGUCUGACUGAUUUCAAAGGAAGAAGUUACAGAUUCAUGGUAAUGGAAAGACUAGGAAUAGAUUUACAGCAGAAGCUCUCAGACCAGAACGGUACUUUUCAGAAGUCGACUGUCCUGCAACUUGGAAUCAGGGUGCUGGACAUACUGGAAUAUAUACAUGAAAAUGAAUAUGUUCAUGGUGAUAUAAAAGCAGCAAAUCUACUGUUGGGUUACACAAAUCCAUUUCGGGUUUAUCUUGCAGACUAUGGACUUUCCUACAGAUACUGUCCCAAUGGGAACCACAAACAGUAUCAGGAAAACCCAAGGAAGGGCUGUAAUGGAACAAUAGAGUUUACAAGUUUGGAUGCCCACAAAGGAGUAGCCCCUUCCAGAAGAAGCGACGUUGAGACCCUUGGUUACUGCAUGCUGCGCUGGCUGUGUGGGAAGCUGCCUUGGGAGGCAAACCUGGAGGAUCCUUUAGCUGUCCAGACUGCUAAAGCCAAUCUGCUGGAUGGGCUCCCAGAGUCGGUGCUUUCAUGGGCUCCUCCUGGAAGUAGUUGCUGUGAACUUGCCCAGUUCCUGGUGUGUGUUCAUAACUUAGCUUAUGAUGAAAAGCCAAACUAUCAAAAGCUCAAGAAAAUUCUAAAUCCCAAUGCGGUUCCUUUAGGGCCACUGGAAUUUUCCACUAAAGCACAGAGUGUCCAUGUGUACACUCCAACCCUUCACAAAGUGGAUUCACCAAAGUUUACAAAAAAAGCAGCCAUUGAGUUGCCAGCUAAGUUCCCAAAGAAAGCCUGUAGAGGGACAAGUGGCACGUGGAGAAAGGAGCAUGAAGAGGGCCAGCCCCGAGCUCUGCCAAGCAGAGCAGCAGCACAGGAAAACUUGAGGAGAAGAAAUACAUAUGAGUAUUCAGAUUUUCAGAGUGGCAUGCACAGUCUUCAACAGACACCCAACUAUAUGGGUUUCCAAGCUUCGCAUUGUAAGCCCUAUCUGGAUCCCAUCAGCAGAGAUACAAUCAGGAAGCCAAGGUGUCCACCUCAGUACAGAUAUACUUCCACCAGUGAUGUGGGUGUCACAGAGUUGGGAACUCCUCCAAGACUUUGGUCUUCAGCUUUCCCAGUGACCCUGAGUGAAAACAUGAAGGCAGAUGUAUAUAACUAUGGACUCACUAUAUUGUGCCUGUUGAUACUAGUUUGUCUCGCUUUAUAUUUUCUCUGAAGUCAUCAAAGAAAUCAGUUUGUUGAUUUUUUUUUAACAA